CGUCUAUGUAAUGAAUCGUCUCUCUCUUUUGCUGGUCUUUUCCCAGCUUUUCUCGCUGCUUAUCUUCCAUCUCAGACGCAGCGCGUCUUCCCUGGUAACCGACAGCGUGUGGAACGCGAGGUCACUCUCUCGCGCCUUCCCUUGCCGUUCCUUUCCGCUCCUCACGAGUUCGACAGCUUGAGCUCUGGCCAACGCUUCUUCCUUUCCGCGUCUUCGCUCUCUACACUGUUCGUUCUCUCUUCUCGGCCGUACGGGAAACCUUCGGCUUGCGUCAACUGACCGCCGGAGAGGGGCGUCGCCGCAGUUUCCACCGGCUGUACAUACACCCGGCCGAUCUGCAGCUCUCUGUCGUGGUCGGCAAACCUCUGCAUGACGCCUCUACGUUUUCUGUUCGCGAGGGUACGCGCACCUAGAAAAGCCCCGGCGAAAAAUUAUGCGCCUUUCUUUCCGUUCUUUCUUCCGGCUUCCCUCGUCUCGAUCUCCCUCCUGCAGACGACACGCAUGUUUUGCCGUCGCACCACGCGGACGGCCCCGAGUGAUGCCAGAGGCCGUAUAGGGGAGACAGGAAGGUGAAGUUUCUCUUUCUCUAGUCUCCCCAGUGCCUCUGCAUCUCAAGUUUCAAGGAGGAAACGACGGACUUCUCUUUCCACCUCAGGAUCUUCGAAAGGAACGAAGUCCGAACUGGACGGACUGUUCGUCGCCACGUACCCUUCACCUGUCUCUGCAGUCUGGUUGCUCCCUUCUCAUCCUCCAACAUGUCGUCGGGACUGUGGCAGAUCUUCAAACGGAAGGGCAAGGACGGCGGCGAGGCGGAGACGAAGGCCACGAAGGCCCACAUGGGUGAGGAAAAUAAAAUGUACUACAACGAAAAACUGAAACGAUGGGUCGUCAGAGGAGAAGAGCACCUGGUCGAGCAAGAGCAACUGCCGCCUCCCCCCCCCACAGCAGCUGCUCUGCAGAAGCCCGGAAACUCAGACGCAGGCGCGGCGCUUCCCUCCGCGGGACCUCGCAGCUUCGCUAGGGGUCGAACCGCGAGGAGUCUGUACACGGCAACUCCCGGUUUGAGUGUGCGGCCGGCAGCGACGUCAACAGCAGCUUCUCUGCCGAAGCCGGCCUUCGUUCUGCCGCCGUUCGCAGCAUCGAGACUCGCUGUUUGUCCUCCUUCGCUUAGCCAGGAAGCCCAGGCUUCCUCUCUGCCGCCUGGCACUUCAGAGGAGGACAGGGCAAACGCCCCGCCAGGAUCCAGAGACAACGUCGGCGAACGGCUGGGCUUCGACGCAGCAGCGAAGGUCUGCGGAGAUGCUGGCUCGACAGCAAAGACCGGUCAAGACAGCAGCCUGGGCGAGAGUGUCCUAAAGGGUGAGAAUCUUUCGGAACAACAGACCCCGGAUCCCUCACUCCCAGUCUUCUCCUCCUCUCCAGUGUCUGCGAGCGCUGGAUUGUCUCAGGCGGCAGCUGCAGGAGGCGCCCGGAGCAGGAACCACAGUGGCCUCGACUUCGAGGGAGGAGGAUCUUCAGAUGGAGUCCAUCUUGGAGGAUCGACUGUCUCGCGUGAGCCUCGAUCUCCCUGUCUUUCUGAAAGGAAAAGGACUCAGCCUUCUUGUUGCGAAGGACAGAGUGACGGGCAAGGCAUCCACGUCGAAGGAAGUGGAUCUUCGCCGUGUGUGGCGCCGGAGACGUCGAUUGCCUCUCCCUUCGGUCUCCCGGGAGACCCGGCGUCCGUCUCUCUUUCUCCGCCUCUCCCUCAGUCUCUGUCGACGCCGGGACCUGCGCAGGCUCCUGCCGCGGCACUGAUGCCGUCUUCUCCCCGUCUGAAUGCCGACGCGUUUCCUGCUGAUGGUGAUCUUUCCUUCCCGACCGCCUUCGUUGCCUCGCAGCCAGCUGACGGGGCUGGUCAGGCGUCUUCGCGAGAGGAGACGUUCUCUCUGCAUGCGUCUGGACGCCCGCGGGGCGGUCUGUCUGUCGCACUGGAGAGCAGCAGCGGGGACGAAGAGGAGACGAGCAGCGUGACGCUGGACGACUCGAGCGAAGGGUCCCUGAGCUGGAGAGACACCUGGCGUCCUGCUGAGGAGGCAGUGGGUUACACGCACCGAAGAGUCUCCGGUGGCGAGACAGCAGAUGCAGCCUCUCCACAGUUCGCCAGACGAGAGCUCGUCAGAGAUCGACAGCAGCGAACUCGCGGGGACGCAGCUCUCGAACGCCCGGACUGCAGCCGCGGCAGGCGAGCCGGGUCUCCAGAAGCCGCAGGCAUCCUGCAGACUCCCGCGUACGCUGCAGCUUUAAAGGAGUGGAUGGAGGAACCCAGUUGCCCGAGAGAAGUCGACCUUGGGCACACACCGGAAGGCGAACAGACUCAACCGGAUGGCGAAGGACGCCCUGAAGAAUCCCGAAGCGUCGACGCGGGACUCGCCGGCGCACGGUCCGAAGCGAAGGUGUCUGGACACCCUGGUGAGGUGUCUGGACACCCGAAUGAGGAAAUGUCGCAGUGGACGGAGGCGGCGAUUCCGGAGACUGAAUCGAACCGUAUUUCGUCUCCUCUUCAUGCGCCAGUUCCAGCCGAAUUGGCUGGCGGCCAGGGGUCCCAGCAGGUUCCUCCACCCGAGCCUCUGUGCAGUCAGCCGGUCCAGUGUCUCGACACCCCGGAAGUCAUUGAGGAAGACCUCGUUCUCCAGGAUCCUUGGAGCCCCGACCGCGUCGGGCCGCGUGAGGGGGGGAACGCGACGCGGGAGUCGGAGUUCCCCGAGGACUUCCGGGGCGUUUCUGAGCCUUUCAGCCCGUCUCCUGUCGAGGCAAGCUUGUCUGUGGCGGGUGCCGGUCUUUCUCAGAUCGCACCGUCUGCUUCGUCGUGUGCAUCCGUCGCUUCUUUGGCACCUUCAGCUGCGUCGCCUCCCUCGCAUUUCUACUCCACCGAGCUCGGUACCGAGGCGUCCCCGAAGCCGACUUCCCUUGGAGAAGAACCGGCUUUCCAGGGAACGGCUUUUCACGACGACCGCGGAACGCGAUUCGGAGAAAGUCCUGUCGCGCGCGCGCCUGCAGUCGCUCUGCCGGCCGUGUCGAUCCUCGGUCGACUUGACGGCUUUCGCGACGAGCCAAGUCCACUGGGUACGCACCGCACGCAGAUUUUCCAUCUUGCAGACGCCGACGACGCGGGUGUGGGUGCGUCGAGCGUCCUUUCUCCAGGGGGUUUCGCUCUCGAGCCUCAGGACGAAGCCGGAGAGCAGAGCCGUCUUCGGGUGGAGGCGCAGGCCGCGCAGGGCGAGUUUGCGGGACAGUUGGGCUCCAGUCCUCCGGCGAACGCCCAGAGCAGCUGGGGAGACGAGAACGGGGAGGCGAAACCGCCGGCGCUGGACGGCGUCGAUUGGUUCUACCGCAGCGACGCGGCGGGAGAGAAGCACAUGCAGGAGCAGGCUCUCGCGCAGGCGCAGCGGGCGGCGUUUUCGAGCGAUUUCGAGGUAGCUGAGAGUGCAAGUGUCUUCUGUGAAGAUGCAGGGCUCCAGAGAGAGGGCGUCAUCGCGGCGUUCUCGGCGUCUGUCGAAGAGCUCGAACGAACCAGUGGAACUGCGCUGGAGCAGCUGCAGGAGCAGCGGCGCUUGCGUCUCGAGCUGGAGCGUAAGAACACCCUGCUUCAGCGUCAACUGCAUGCAGUCUUGGUUCUGCUCUCCCGCUUUUCGCUCUCGGGACAAGACCGGAGACGCCUCCUCCACCUCCUGCAGCCCGCUGCGUCGCCCAAGAGCGAGCUCAUGCAUGCGACAUUGAAUCCCAGCCAACGCGAGGAGACGCGCGAGGACCCAGAAGACGCUGGAGACCGGCACCUCGAGGGCGCCGUCGCCGCGUGGACGGAGGCCAAAGGCGAGAAGGCGGUGAAUUGCCUGGAAUCCGAGGUGGCGGCGCUCGCAGGCUGGUCGAACGGGAGAGGCGAGGACAGAGACUGGAUGGUCACAAAGGACGUUUUAGACGAGGAGGGGAGACACCAAGCGGGGCGGUGCCUCUCGCAGCACACCAUCGAUGCAGCUCAGCUUUCGGGAGAUGAAGAAGACGCAGAUUUCGACGCAGACCUCGUCGAGGCCGACGAGGUCAGGGAAGCGUUCAACACGUUGACGCAGCUGCUCGCGAGCCAGUUGGAGAUGCAAAGCGCGAGUCGCGCGGAGUUGGAGGUUUGCCAAGCCGAGGCCGAGGGGUAUCUUCUUUUGGUCGAAGAGCAGCAGAAGCAGGUGAUAGAGCCUCUCUGUCGCCGCGUCGCCGAGCUGCAGCGAGAGCACGCAGAAGAGAAGAGACAGACGACGCAGCUCAGGCAGGCACAGGAAGAGCUGCUGCGUCGGUACGAAGGCGCCGCUGUCGCAACGGAGGACCUCUGCAUGGAGGUCGCUCGGUCGCGGGCAGAAUUGGCCACAAAAGCCUCCCUGGUCGCGCGUCUCGAGGCGGAAGUUCAGGAGCAGCAGACGAGGGUGCGCGACUUCAGAGACGCGCUGGACGCGAAAGAGAGGGAGUUGGAGAACGCGGCGGGGGCUUUGCGCGGACUGCAUGUGCAGCUGGACAGUGAGCGAAACCAAAGGAUGCAGAGUGAGGAGGAGCAGAGGCGGCGCGAGAGGGAAGCUGCAGAGCACCACGAGGCCGUGACGAAGGCCCUUGCCCGCGAGAAGGACUCAGAGGCGUUGAGCAGGCAGCAGGAGACGCAGGAGCUCCGUGCAGAGAUAGAGAAGGUGCAGGCGAGGUUGGAGCGCGUCCAUGGAGAGCUCGAGGGCGCGAGAGAGUCUCUCCGAAGCGCGCGAGAGGAAGCGGAGCAUCACGCUGCGGAGAAGGCGAGUCUGAAGGAGAAGGAAAUGCACCUUCAGGAGGAAUGGAACCGGCAUGUUACGAGUCUCACCGACGAGCUGGAGGCGGUUCGCGCGAUGCAUGCGUCGGAGAAGGCGCAGCUCAGUGAGGCCCACCACGCGACGGAGCAUGCGUUUGCGACUUUCCGACAAGAUGCGGCCAGACGCGAGGAAGAAAGAGAACAAGAAAUUCAACAGCUGAGGGACGCGAUGAAAAAGGUCGAGGAAGACCAGCGAGGGUCUCUCCAACCAGAGAAGGCCAAGCAACUCGAGCUCGAACUCGACGCAGCGCGGGCGGAGACAGACAGUCUGCGCAGAGAGGCCCUCGAACUCCGUGACGCAGCCGAGUGCCUCCGCAUGCAGUUGGAGACGGCGCGCGCGGACCAGCAACAGGCGGCAGCUGCAUUUGAAGACCGUCUGCGUAGAGCGGUCGACGAGGAGAAAGAGGCCUACUUCGCUGAACGUCGUCGAGUGGAGGCGACGCAUGCAGAGGCCUUGACGAGCCUGCGGGCAGAGCUCAGUCGCGAACAAGCAGACAGAGCUGCCCACGAGAAGCUGGCGGAAGAGCUGAAGGCAUGUAAGUGCGCUCUCGCACGAGAACGUGGAGAGAAGGAAGAAGCGGCGCGAGCUUGGCAAGAAGAGUUGACUCUGGCGACGAGGAGACAGGAGGAGCAGGAGGAAGAGAUGAAGAACAAGCAAGCGGAGAUCGAUGUGUUGAACGCGAUGCAAGACGAGCUUCAGGAGCAGCUCGAAGAGCUGCGGAGUCGGUGUUCUCAGCUGAGUGCGAAGGAAGAGGAGGCGCCUCGCGGGAGGGACGACGAGAUGGCCUACAUGCAACGCCAGCUAGCGGAGACAGUGGAGGAGAAAGGUCGCCUGGCCAGCGAGUUGGCGACGGUGCGCGAGGUCUACGCACAGCAGAGCGAGGAGCAGAAGAAGCAGCUGGAAGACCUGGCUUUGUCUCUGCAGGCAAGCGAGAGAGAGGUCGCCGACCUUCAGAGGAGGCUGGAGGCAGUCACUCUGGACGUCGAGAGACAGCAGCAGGAGGCGAAGGCCGAGCACCUGCGUGCCCUGGAAGUGAAGCAGUCCGAGUGCAUGCGGAAGGCCGGAGAAGCCGCGAACGCCUCCGAGAGAGCGGAGGCGACGCAGCGCCUCCUCGAGGCUGUUCAGACACAACUUGAGGAAAAAGAGAAGGCUCGAGUCGCAGUGGAGCGUGAGCUCGAAGCCCUGCGGGAGGCGGUGGUCGAGAAAGAGAACGCGUUGGCGGCGGCCUCCACGAAGAACGAAGAACUCGCACAAGUCACAGCUGAGCUUGCUGCGCAGGAAGAACAUGCUGCGGCUCUCCGCAGAGAGCUCGAGGCCCAGGCGCAGCAGUUUGCCGCGAGUGAAGCAACGCUGCAGGCAGCUCUCAGUGAGGCAGAGAAGAAGAGUCUUGCAUGCGAGGCGCGCAUGCGAGAAGAGCUGCAGAACCACGUCGCCGCCGCCUCGCGGAUCAAAGCGGAAGAAGAGAGCCGCAUGCAGUUCGUUCUCGAGCAGGAGAAGAAGAAGGUCGCUGCGGAGGAGGCGGAGAAGCUCAGGAAAACGUUUGAGCGACUCUGGGAUGAGGAAAGCGCAAAGAUGCUCCAGGCGUACGAAGCGGUCGCGCGGCAACUUGCGGAAGCCCAGCGUGCGAUGCAUGCAAAGGGCGAGGAGCUCGAAGAAGUGAAGAAGAGGGAAGCCGAGGCGAGACGCGCCGCGCUCGACGCCACCCAAGAAGCUUCAGAAGUCCAGGAACUGAGAGAGAAACUCGCGGCGAGAGAUGCAGAGCUUUCUGAACUCCGAUCAGCUAACAAGGAACAGACUGAGGAGCUGGCGACCGUGAGAGCAAAUCAGACGCGUCUCGCGGAGGAGGCGGCAAGGCAACGAGAGGCUCUCGAGAAGCAGCGAGACACUCUGGAGAAGGAGAGGGAGGUACUGCGAGGUCAAGUGGAAGACGCCAAAGACCGCGAAAGAGAACGGGCGAGGCAGACGGAGGAGCAAGAAUCGUGCUUGAGAAGAGCUCUUGCGGAGCGAGAAGACGAGGCGCGACAGAAGACCUUGCGCCUGCAAGUUCUGGAGGAGGAACUGGAGACGGAGAAGCACAGAAAUGCGUCGGCAGAGAAAAGACGAGGAGAAGAAAUCCGGCAGCUGCAGAGCGCAGUCCACGAACUGAAGGAGAGAGAAAAGGAGGAGAAGAAGCGAGUGGAGACCGAGACUGCAGAAUUUUCAGGAAGGCUGCGAGCAGCAGAAGAAGAAGCUGAACGCAGGCAAAGGCGCACCGAGGAAUUGCUUGCAGAGCUGGACGAGGCCCGCCGAGUCCCCCCCACUGUCGAGGGCGUCAAGAAACAGGCGCAGCUCAUCGCAAAACAAAACGAGGAACUUCGAAUGCGUACAGCCACCUUGUCGACAACAAGUGACUUUCUCUCUCGCCGUCUGCAGUUCUUCGAGGAUGCUCUGGACAGUCUAGGUCCCUCCGGAAGGGCCAUUGUGUUGGAGGCAGAUCGCUGUGUACAGCCUCCGGAGCCAGUGGAUGCUGAGGCGAUUCCAGACGAAGUUCUCGCCUCUGCGGCUUCGCCUCUGAACGAGCAGACACGCGGAAGAUUUCUCUCUUCUCACGCCGUGACUGAGUUCAGAAACACAACUCUGAAUGGAUCGUCUCCGGCAGCUGGAGGUGACGCCUUGAACAUCUGUCUUCCAGUUGAGAAGCUGCAGAUGUCUCCGUUUCCAGCUGACGGCUCCCAAAACGUUUCUGAUGGAACUCGAAUGCCACCGAAACCUCCCGCUUUCAUGCAGGCCUUUCUCCCUGCCUCUCGCAGUGGCGCCGGCGCGUCGGGAGGGCCUUUGCAGGGUGUGGGGGCGGGGGAAAAUGGAAAUUAAAAACAGGGAGGGCUCCCGGGCAGCGGGUGUCACUCGAAUGAGCUCGGAUGGAUAGACAGCUUCGUUUUUUUCCAAGGUGGAAUAACAGAGGUGGUUAGCGGAGCGCCUCACGUCCACUUGGAAACGACUCUUCAACCUUUCACAGAAAACGGGUCUUUCUCAUGUUUUUUCGUUUUCCUCUCGUCCAGUGACGGGGGAGACUUUCCUGAAAGAACGUCGACAAUUCGAUCUAUGUUGUUCCACGGAAACGGUCAAUCCCCGGUCUCUGCAUUUUUUUUAAAAGUGUAGACACUUCCUUGUUCCUGUUUCCGUCGAUGCACUGGCCGAUGCCCCUGUUCGUUCCUCACAUCGAAGAACAGCUGCAGUUUUCAAAUUACAAUGCAAAGUCAAAAGGCUACACGCCGUGAAAUUCGAGGAUUGCUGGCGUCCAUCUGCGCAUCUGAGUGGGUCCUCGGGGCGAGAUUCUCGGUAUUCAGAGGAUACUCUGGUCUUAGUUCGCCUACGUUCGUGUUUGAGCCGUCAACACUGAAGCUUUGGCUAGGAUUUGUUUUCGAGUAGCCUUCGUCUGCAGAAACCAUGGUUAGGUCUACGAGGAAGGCACUCCCCUGUGAAGGGUGUGUCGGAUUCCAGACGGUCGAAAAAGUCGACAGAGGAAAUCCUCGUCUUUCCGAUUAGUCCCGCGAACUUCUCCCAUUUGCCAUCAUCGAUACACACCGGUUACUCGGCAGCGUGGCAUUUGCAGGAAAUACCUUUGUGGUUCUUCUGCAGUCACCGUUGGCUUGCGGGUCGACCGGAGAGGGUGACGCAUGCUUCUUAAACAGGGGAACGAGACACCCGUUUUAGGGGGACAAAGCUGCUACUCCAUUCGAGCUCGUCGACAGGGGUGGACGCUGCCCUACUGGUGAGCAAAGUUGACAGAAGAAGUGGAGUUUGCUGUGAAAGGCUUGCCAAAUUGCGAGUUAGCUGAUUCUCUCGAAGCAUUUGGACUGUCUUUCCGCAGAAAGGGUGUGAGAACGCUGGCUGCCUCUCGAUUCUCACUUUUUCACACCCAGACACAACUGCCAAGCAGUCCCGUCGUGUGCUUGGCUACGAUUCAGGACACCUCUCUCCCCCGUUUUUUUCAGUGGUUUCUGAAAACAAUCCCGUU